GGGCGCCCAAAUAACCAAACCAGUGAAAGAGAAAAAAUAUCGUUAAUUUAACGAACAAAGCCUUUAUAUAUAUAUAAAGGAAACGCCAAAAGAUUGGAAUAACUUCAAAGAAGAAAAAGAGCAAAACAAGAGGAUCGGAGAUGGCGUGCAGAGCGGUAUUACGUUCCAUUUUCAUGACGGAGACGUGGAGGCCUCUACGGCCGAGCUGGGAUUUACUAUCUUUGAGGAGCUUCGGAACAACAACAACAACAACCGCCGCCGCCGCGAAGAGAGGGAGCGGCGGAUGUUACGGUACGAUGGUUGUUAGGGCUCGAGAGGUUCACUUUUGGAAUGGGAUUCAGAAACCGAGUUGCUCUGGAAAUGAAGGUCCGUCGAAAUCGGAGGAUGAGAUUGAUCAAGGACCUCCUCAGGAAGCUGUUCUCAAAGCAAUUUCAGAGGUAUCAAAGACAGAAGGGAGAGUUGGACAAACAACAAAUGUGGUUAUUGGUGGAACAGUAGCCGAUGGUUCAACUAAUGAAUGGCUUGCUUUGGAUCAGACGGUCAACUCAUAUCCUUGUGUUAGAGGAUUUAUAGCGAUAGGAACUGGAGGUGAUGAUUUUGUGCGAGCUAUGGUUGUUGCUGUGGAAUCCGUGUUACAACAGCCAAUUCCUGAGGGUCGAGUGAGGCGUAAGGUAUCAUCUAGGGAAAAUAUGUAUCUGUCAACAUCGGUCCCGUUCAGGUCGUUUCUAGUGAACAGGUUCAAGCCGUAUACAAUGCUAUGAGGAGAGAUAAUCGGAUGAAAUACUUCUUGUAAUCUGAUUAAGUAAGUAGCCAAUGUAAUUGCCCUUACUCUUCAUCAUUGGAUUUUUUUUUUUUACAGUUUCUUUUAAGUAGUCAAUUAAUGUUCUUUGAUUAACCAGAAGGCACUAUCAUAUAGGCAUAUAGAAUCAUUGAUGAAAUUUGUAUUUUAACACUUUGCUUAAAACAUGUCAACUUGUAUUUUGAUUGUGUAUUUGUUUAUUUAUUUUAUCAAUAAAAAUUAGUAUGCUAAUGGCAUAUAUUAUUUUAUCA